AGUGAAGCGCUGUGAAGCCACAAAGCGGCCAUCUUGGGUUUGGGCGCAUUACUCGCAGCGCAGCGUUCCCCGCAGCGGCCAUCUUGAGGGGAGAACGAAGCGGAGGCGGCCAUCUCCGAGCCGGGCGCCUUGCCCUUGCGAGGGCGGCGGGCGCGCCAGCUCUCCCCAGGUGCCCGGGCCAGCGCGCUCAGCCAAUAGCGCCGCGCACAGCAAUCCGCCCCGCCCCGCCCCUGCGGCGGUGGCCAAUCAGAGCGCGGGCUGGCGGUGGGCAGGCCCGGGGGGCGGGACCGGGGCGGAGGAAGGACGCACGGACGGGACGCGGCCCCCGCUCGGUGCCCGCUCGCCCCUCGCUCCCCGCUCGGAGCCCGCUCGCCCCGUCCCUCGCCAUGGCCGCCGCCGCCGCGGGACUCCGCGCCUCCUAUCACCGCAUGCUCGACCGCAUCGAGCUCAUGCUGCCGCCGCGGUUCCGGCCCUUCUACAACCACCCGGCGGGUCCCAAAACAGUGUUUUUCUGGGCACCUGUUAUGAAAUGGGGCUUGGUGGGGGCUGGACUGGCUGACAUGGCCAGGCCAGCAGAGAAGCUCAGCACAGCACAGUCUGCAGUACUCAUGGCCACAGGCCUUAUUUGGUCAAGGUACUCCCUGGUGAUUAUCCCUAAAAACUGGAGUCUGUUUGCUGUGAACUUCUUUGUUGGCUGUGCUGGUGGUUCCCAGCUUUUCCGAAUAUGGAGGUAUAAUCAGGAGCUAAAAGCACAAAAGCAAGUGCAAUAAAGAGAUGCUUAACCCAACAGGUCAAAUCUAGCAACGCACAAACCCAUCCCCAUGGGACUUAGCUUCACUAAUUUUAAUGUUUUUUUUCUCUGAGAAAAUAAAAGAGGAAAAUAAAGAGAGCAAAUGUUUUCUAAGUGCAAAUAACCAAGUAUCUCCACAAAAAUAAAGGGCAACCUUUUAAAAUGAA